AGGACCACAGUUAACUGGCAGCGGAGCGACUCGCUGCUCUGCAUCGCCUCUCAGGGUUUUUUGGAUCAACAAGAGACAGAACCUGGAUCAGAUCUUCAGUCAGCUUCUGCAGCCCAGCAUGGAGGUUCUCCUGGACACCUGUGGACUGAGAACAGUCAAAGUUCUGCUGUUACUCCACCUCUUCUUCGCGAAGGCAACAGCCGACUGCCCCAAACCUCAGACAAGGGGAGAUGUUGUCCUAACUGACAACGCACUUCUAAUGAAUACUUUUCCAAAGGGUGUUGAUGUCACCAUAGAAUGUGCGAAUGGAUUUGUCAAAGACAGUGGCUCUGGGUUUAUAACCUGCAUUGAUGAUAAUUGGACUGAACCAGAUCUCACUUGCAAGAAGAAGGACUGUGGUCUCCCUCCUAUUCGACCGAAUAUGAGCUUUAAUACCAGCGCCGGUACCCUGUUUGGUGCUGUAAUAAAAGUCAUUUGCGACAAAGGCUUCCAAGUCAGUGGAUCUAGCUUCAAACAGUGCUAUGCUUUAGGUUGGGUUGGAAAGGCCAAGUGUGAAAUUGUAACAUGCGAAAUACCUGAGAAAUUGACCAAGGGCAAAAGCUCAUGGGAUUCUCAAGAUGAACCAAUGUAUGGAGAAAUCAUACAGUACGUGUGUGAAGACGGAUACACCCUGAUUGGGAAAAAGAACACUAAGUGCAGCGAAACUGGUGAAUACGAUUCUCCACCGCCGACUUGUGAAGAGAAAUUCAUAGGAGUGACGGCCAAAGCUAUAACUACAACAGAAAUGGUAACACCAACACCUAAACCUGCAGCACAAGAUUCCUCUGCCACACCCACAGCUCUUAGAGAUAAAACUGUCAGAACCAGCACAACAGCAGCUGUAGGAGGUGGCAGAGAAAAUGUGACAGCUGAAGGUAAAGCUACAACCACUGUAACAUCAAUGACGUCGUCUUCAUUUCAAGAUAAGCCUGGUGAGGCUGUAGAUACUAACCAGGACGUCGGACACAUGCCUGUUAUAAUCAGUGUGAUAUUCGUUUCAUUAGCUGUGUGUAUAAUGGCGCUCUUUUUACACAAGUUUCUUCUGAAGAGAAAAGGCUCAUAUGACACCAGAGAAGACCUGAAGCCGGAGUUAUUACAGUUCCAAAGUCUUUAGAUUGCCAGCCUGACAAAGCUCUGCAAAUGGAACCGCGCCUAUCUACUAAAGAGCAUCUGUUACCCAGGAGGGACGUGCCAACAGUAGUAGUGCCUCUCAGAGGCGAUGGGGAAAAAAGAUAACUCACGUUAUUGUUAUUGCACUUCAAAUGGCAGAUACUCAAAUCUGUAAAAGUAUCAUCAUUUAAAGCCAAAUCCACUGAAAAGCACUUUUUUUAAUGAUUUUUGUAUUGCCGCUUUAUUUUAACAGUUGUAAAUACUUCAUGCCACUAUAGAAUUGCUAUUUUAUAUGUUAUUUAUGUGACUGGAAUAAAAUCCUUAACAUUG